UAUUUGAUGCAUUAAAACUAAAGUACUAAAAUGCUGUUAGAGGAAGACACUGAACAGUACAUGUAGGGAGAGCAUAGCUUCCUUUUUGUUGGUGUUAAGACGUGAAGCAACUCGUCAGUUCAGACAUUUACAGCUUUGGGCAUCAAACUGUGAUGAUCUUCAGAUAAACAUGGCCUCUAUAAAUACUUUAUCUUUAUACUUUAUUCUUAAUCUUUUCAUUCUGCUGCUUCCUGUUAACCCUUUGCUGGCGUUUUCAUUAAAAAACUGUACUAUACUUUACAAGGAGAACAUCUCUGCUGAUGUUUCUGUGGACUGUAGAAGCAUGAACUUUGUGACUGUCCCUGAUUACAUCCCUAAAAAUACUUCGUCAAUACAACUUGGAGACAAUCAGCUCCUAAGUAUUAACAGAAAAGACUUUCACGGCAUGUCAAAGCUGGUAAAUCUGAAUUUAACAGUGAAUAAAAUUGCUUACGUUGAACAAGGGUCAUUUAUCGACUUGGUUUUAUUGGAGACACUUGAUAUGGGAAAUAACAAACUUACCAGUCUGACAGCCAACAUGUUUGAAGGCCUGUCCAACCUCACAGUUCUGGUCCUCAGCAGAAACAAGAUCCAGCAUAUUCAUGAAUCUGCCUUCCAGUGUUUGACCAGCUUACAAACUCUUGAUAUCGCCUUUAUUCCACUUCAGAAAGUUGCAGAAAUUCUACCAGUCUUCCAUCUCCCGCAAUUACUUACACUUAACUUAAAAUACAUCAACUUCACUACUUUUGACACCAAAGAUCUCCCUUUGAAUCUCUCCUUGAGUCUUAAAGUGUUGGAAAUUUCUAAUUCUAAUUUGAAAAUCUUGAGCAUCAUAGGGAAAAUUUCCCCUUACCUCCAGACAGUAGACGUUUUACUCACAGAUAGUGUAAAAUGGGUGUUAUUUGACAAAAGCUUACUGAAGAACAUAACAAGCUUGGAUGUUGCCGUAGCAUCAGAUUUUUUUGACGUAAUCCAUAAAGUUCUGGAAAGUCUUGAAAGACUGAGAGAUAUAAAGUUUGAAUGUGUGGAUAACUGGAUUGAAAAGGGUCUGCUACCUGCAGUCUGCAAAAUACAAACACUCAGGAAGCUUACUAUUUCCCAAAGCCAUUUUCACAAUUUUACUACUGACCUUGUAUCAUGCGCCCAGCUCAGAGAACUUAACCUGGAAGAUACUUUCAUGGAUAAACUGUCAAAAGGUUCAAUGCAAUCAAUGAUGCAGCUGCGAUUCUUAAACCUGGGUUACAACUUCCUCACCGAAGUUCCAGGUGACAUAAGGAGCCUCUCGACUCUUGAGAUCCUGAUUAUGAGUGCAAAUGACAUGUAUGGGUUGAAAUGCGAUGAUUUUUCCAACACCACGGGUCUGAAAGAACUUUACUUGAACAUAAACCACAUAACCAAACUGGAGAGGUGUAUUACUGAAAACCUCGUCAAUCUAAAGGUUUUGGAUAUGAGUAACAAUAAGUUGAAAGAAUUCGGAGAUUCUUUCAAAAUCUCCCUGCAGAAACUUGAGGCCUUAGAUAUCAGCCACAACCCCAUAAGGUAUCUGGAGACAGAUGUUUUUCAAUAUUUAAAGUCUCUCAAAGAACUGAAGGUGGAAACCUAUCAUUUUGUAGACGUACCUUAUUUCAGUGGCUUAGAGAACAUUCAAAAUGUAACAAUCUACUUACAUACAGACAGGACUUUCCAAAGUCUUCAGUCAAACAAUGAUAAACCCUUUAGUGAUGUUAACACAAUGAAGCAGCUAACUCUAAUCGGAAGCAGCAAUACCCAAUGGGUGCCCUUUAAUACAAUUAGGGAAAUGCUCAGAGCUUAUGGAGAUUUGGGAACCGUUACGGUUUUGAAUAUCUAUAUAAAUUACUAUGAAGUGGAAACAUUUGAGCUGAACCUCCAGCUAAAAAGUCUGACGUUAUCAUCGACAGAUUUGUCAUACUUAAGCUCUAAAUUCUUCCUACCACUGCCAAACCUGCAGCACCUGGAUCUCUCCAUGUCUAAACUCAGGUCUUUGGAUUUUCUGGUCCAGGCCAACCUUUCUGCUCUCAGAUAUCUGAACCUAACUGACAAUGAGAUCAGUGUUAUUAACGAGACAGUCUUCCAGUCUCUACCCUCUCUGAGGUUCUUGGCUCUAGACAACAACCCGUUCUCAUGCGAGUGCUCAAACGCAGGCUUCAUCCAUUGGGUAGUGACCAACCCCCAAACCCAGGUGGUAAACGCUCAUCAGUAUAAAUGUUUCUUUCCUGUGGACAAACAAGAAGCCUUGUUACUAGAAUUUGAUGUUCAGUCAUGUCGAGACGAUGGCAGCUUUCUUUACUUCAUUUCCAGCUCUUGUCUGGUUGCUCUGACUCUCCUCUCAUCCUUCGUUUACCACUUCCUGAGGUGGCAUCUCACCUACACCUUCCACCUCUUCUGGGCCUUUCUCUACGACAGCAGGAAGGGGAGAAAGAAAGACCCUCAUCGGUUUGAUGCCUUUGUGUCCUAUAAUGUCCGCGAUGAGGGCUGGGUUUACAGAGAGAUGCUUCCAGUAUUGGAGGGAGAGCAGGGAUGGAGACUCUGCCUGCACCACAGAGACUUCCAACCAGGUAAACCCAUCAUAGAGAACAUCACUGAUGCCAUCUACGGCAGCAGGAAAACCAUCUGUGUGAUCAGCCGCAGCUACCUGCAGAGCGAAUGGUGCUCCAGAGAGAUCCAGAUGGCCAGCUUUCGCCUGUUUGAUGAGAAGAAAGAUGUUCUGAUUCUGUUGUUUCUGGAGGAGAUCCCCUCCUACCAUCUGGCUCCAUAUCACCGCAUGAGGAAGCUGGUGAAGAAGCGCACCUACCUGAGCUGGCCCCAGGCUGCACAACAUCCGGGAGUUUUCUGGCAGAACGUCCAGAGAGCUCUGCAGGCAGGGGGCGCUCUCACUGAAAACACGGACCCGCUGACCGGACCAGCUGGAAUUUGAGAAAUGAACAAUGGCUGUUAAUGUAACUUAAAUAUUGAGAAUAAAAGUACAAAUCAAAUUGUACAAUCACAAUGCACAUCAUAUCAUAACAUUUAAAAGCAAAAAUGGAGAACAGCCGACAUUAUUUCUUCUUCGUACCACAAAUAAGUCAGAUCAGAGCAUGAAUUAAUGUACAGAUUGGCUGUAAACAGUGGGUCGAGCAUUUUUUUUUAUGUUUAUGGCAUCAGUUUUUCCUUUUUCCAGGGUGGAUCAGUCAUUUUUUGCUAUUGCUAACCUAAUUUUUUACAUCAGGUUUGUGGUGUAUCUUUAUUUCUUCUAAUAUAUUGUGACCAUUGCUCCUCGCAGGGAAAGAAUGAAUGGCUUACAUCACAUGUGCCAAACUCAAGGCCCGGGGGCCAAAUCCGGUUCGCCAUAGCUUUUUGUGCAGCCCUUUAGACUCUUAAUCGACACAUAAUUGGAACCAUCAAGAUAACAGUGUGCUUAAAUAUGAUUUUAUCAAUUAAUAUAACAGUUUUUCUUUGUUUACUGCCAAAUUGCAACAAUUAGUUCCUCCAAUUUCUUGUGAGUUAUCAUGAAAAUCAACGUAAAAUAAACAAAUUCCUGCAUUUUU